UCCAUGAGCGGCCUUUGGUCGCACAGUCGCAUAGGGAGGGGAUUCGAGAACAUUUAGGAAAGACGGAGAGGGAGAGAUCCCGGCGAAGAAGGCACACUGCGAAGAAGCGGGACGCCGGGACUCUCCAUCGAGACAGCACCACGUACGCACGGGUUGCCGAGGGUCGCUCAGUAGUUAUUAUACAUAAGUGUUAAGUGAAUAAACCCAGUAUUAAUCUAACGUGUACUCCUUUGCCACCGCCGAUACUCCUAACACAUCCUGGCACUAGGGACGGCGGACGGUCGGGGGAAGGAAACACGAAGGUCACCGGGAUCGUUCGGACACGCGGUCGUCCAACGGAUCCCGCUCAGUACAAGCUCGCUACGCAUACAACCAGGGAAGCGGAGACGAGAAGAAGAAUAUUCAAUCCACCCACCCCAUACUUUCACGUGAUAGUUACGUUCCAUCGCAAAUCGUACAAAUGAAGAUGGUGGAUAAAAUCGAGAUGAGUCUGGAAGGCGGCGGCGGCAGUUCACCCCGUCGAGCACGUCGGGAACAGAGAGCUGGCGGUGGCGUCAUGCAAGGACGACAUCGUACUAGUAUUACGCGCACCGCAUUAAAAGUUUGUGGUGUACUAACCAUUUUGGCUUUGCCGUUUUUUGUUCCUAAGGCUCUCGCGUACUUCCGCGGCAAAACUAAAAAGCAGAUUCACGAUCAAGAAGACUGUGAUGAAUUCAAUGAAAAUGAACCUUUAUGCACGGAAACUACAUCGAAAUCGAAAUCAACUAUUCAGAGUACUGUAACAAACCAAGAUGCUAGAGAAGUGGAAAACAAUACUUUAGAUAUUUCGACCAAUGAUGAGGAAAAACUCGCAGACGUAACAAAUAAAAUAAAUACUGAGGUUCCAGACAAACGUACAAUUAAAAACCCAAGUCGUUUUUUAAAAGCUUGUCAGAACAACAGUAAAACGAUUUUGCGGAUUGUGAAAUCCAUACAACAAAUACUUUUGGAUUCAAAUUUAUGCCAGUUACAAGAGGAAAAUAUUGAUUUGGACUUGCCGAUUUCUAAUGUUAAAAAUUUGCAUGAAUUUGAAAAAACACUCUGUGAAAAUUCUGCUGCUCGAUUGCAAUAUCAAAAAAAAAUUCGGACAAUAGGAGGUAUAACCCCACAUAAACAUGCACGAAACGCUAUGCGUUUAACGAUAGCUAACCCGUUAGCUUACCAAAUGACUUGGACCAGUAAAAAAAAUAAGAUAGAAACUCAAAACAUGAAAUUCAUUAACCUCAUUAUUGGAACCCUUAUUACUACUCGGAACAUUUCCAUCGCCGAUGUGCAGAAGGUAUUGAAGUCAUGGUUACAACAUGCCGGCCGUAUAUCUGAAAAAACAAAAGAAGAGAUACAAAAUGAACAAAACUGAAAAAGCUGCAAAAUUGCGACCUGUAGCGGUACUCCAAGUGCGGUCAACGAAAAGAGAGGCGUACUACUGCGAGAACUGACAUGCCGCCAUUUUGUGUUUAAAAAAUCGGAAAAAAUAUUUUUUAUGUACUUCAAGACAUGUACUUUCAUACGGACGAAACCGAAUAUGAAUAAAUCUUUUCAUUUUUUUUAAA